GGGGCUCCACGUACCUUGCCAGUCUUCCGUGUCCCUUUAUUUCUAUUUCGUCACCCAACUAAGGUAUGGAAGUAGCAGAAUGUGGUGAUGGCUGGCACCAUGGGAGGUUGAUGACAAACCAGAAGAAAAAUGCAAGGUGGCUUUUAUUACCCCCAUUCUACAGGUUAAAACACUAAAUUAUGUGCCCAAGGGAACACAGCAAACCAUUGGAGAGGCAGCCGAUGAACCUGUUUUCCAGUGAGGAGUCCCUGGCCCUGGCUAUCAGCCUCUAGCUUUUCCCCUCGCCUGAAUGUGCAGGCUCUUAAAGCCCCAACCAAAGUGCCCAGGACAUAAUAACAGGUGGCGGAGCUGGGGUUUCCGGUUUGAGGGAAGAGUACCAAGGCCCCAAGACUGGAGACCCUCCCUUCCCCUGGGAGUAAGGGAUCCUGGCCGGUCGUGCCGGGUGUCCCCGACAGUAGCCGGGCGUUUGACCUAAAAGGAUUCACCCCACGUGGACUUUUUCUAAGCCCUUUAAUGGUCGGCGUUUUCCAAAGGCGGCCAAUCCGCUACAGCUUCGUUAAUUAAUGACAGCCACUCUCCUGCCAAUCGCCCAUCAGAAGCAGCAUCCCGCCGCCCAAUAGUGCUACUCUGGUGGGUGGUUCUAGCAGUUGCCCGGUGACAGAGUGCUCUGGCGCGCCCCAUUGGCUGGAUCAAACCCAAGCGAGCCGCUGAUAGGCCAGCGCUGCCGGAGGGUUACAAUUCAAACGCGGGCGGAAGGGCCCGGGAACCCGCAGUUGCAGCCGCGGUCUCAGUGUAGUCUGAGUUCCUGUCUCCCUUCUCAGUGCCACCCGGAUGGCUUCCCAGAAUCGCGACCCAGCUGCCGCCAGCGUUGCUGCCGCCCGUAAAGGAGCCGAGCACAGCGGGGGCGCCGCCCGGGGCCCCGUGGGCAAGAGGCUACAGCAGGAGCUGAUGACGCUCAUGAUGUCCGGUGAUAAAGGAAUUUCUGCCUUCCCUGAAUCAGACAACCUUUUCAAAUGGGUGGGGACCAUCCAUGGAGCAGCUGGCACAGUAUAUGAAGACCUGAGGUAUAAACUGUCCCUGGAGUUCCCCAGCGGCUACCCUUACAAUGCACCCACGGUGAAGUUCCUCACGCCCUGCUACCACCCCAACGUGGACACCCAGGGUAACAUCUGCCUGGACAUCCUGAAAGACAAGUGGUCCGCCCUGUACGACGUCAGGACCAUCCUGCUCUCCAUCCAGAGCCUGCUCGGAGAACCCAACAUCGAUAGCCCUUUGAACACACAUGCCGCCGAGCUCUGGAAAAACCCCACAGCCUUUAAGAAGUACCUGCAAGAAACGUACUCAAAGCACGUCUCCAGCCAAGAGCCCUGACCCAGGAUGUGCAGCUCUCCUUCUGUUGUCUUUUUAUUUUUUUUCCCUUAGAUGGUCUGUCCUUUCCUCGAUUUCUGUACAGGACCCUGUAUCUUAUCUGUGGUGUCAUUUUUGUUUUGUUUCUGUUUUUUAAAUUAAGUGUCUGGUUAAGCCCUUGUGAUGAGUAUAUUAAAUAAAUACAUUUUGGGGUUUUUUUAACAA